UGAUUUGAAAUUUGUACUAAAAUUAGUAUAAAUCUUAAACUCAAUGUGAAUUUUUUUUUUUCAGUUCUAUACGAUAAAUUCUUCGUUUAGUGAUACCGACAAUGGAUUAGUUUUUUGUAUUACCAUAGUUCUGAGUGACACUGAUUAGAAAACAUUAAAAUAAACUUGUUGAAGUGAUGUUUCAUGCAAGGAAAAAAAAAGGCGUAAUUUUAAUGUCUUGAACCAAAGGUUUUCUGGAUAUAUAUAUAUAUGCACGACAAAGGGUCUGUGUCUGGUCUUCUUAGUAGUACUUUUAUUCUUUGGUGUGACAAUAUUAAAGCAGCUGGUUUCUUUUAGUUUCUUAUCCUUUGGUGUUUUUAUUCCUUCACUCACAGACAAAAAACUUCAAAGCCAUACCAAAGCUGAAGUACUCUGCUGAAACAGAAGCAAAAGAACAAAGAUUUAGAGAAAAGCAAUAAAUUCUCAAAAAAAAAAAAAAAAAAAGAUGAUCUCGGAGCUGUUAGGGGAAGCUCUUGGAAUACUUGACACUGGCGGAGAAAGAUCUAAGCAAUCCAAUAAUAAUAUUAUUAAUGGAGUUAUUCUGGGAAGCAGCAGCUCGUGCACUACUUCUUCACCAUCUAUUUCGCCAUCUCCGUCGCCUUCUUCCUCCGCCGUCAGCACCACCUCAGCCACUACCUCAUCCUGCGGCGGCGGCGGCGCCGCAGAGAACCUCAGGUGCCCGCGUUGUGACUCAACCAACACCAAGUUCUGUUACUACAACAACUACAACUUAACUCAGCCCCGUCAUUUCUGCAAGACGUGCCGGCGUUACUGGACAAAAGGCGGCGCGUUGCGCAACGUGCCCAUCGGAGGCGGGUGCCGGAAAAACAGGACGGCCGCCACCGUAGCCGCCACGUCGGCUUUACUAAAAUCAGCCGGGAAGUUUAGAGCAGCCACUGAUCAGAUAGGAAAGUCAACAUUCAUGAUGAGCAACUUCGACCAAAACCCAAACCCGAACACAAUGUUAUGGACUUCACCCGAUCAGAAUUCCCAUGUACUUUCUUUGAUAAGAGCUAGUCAGAACCCUAACCCUAGCUCCGGUCCAAUAAUAUCAAGUAGUAUUACCCCUUCUCCUCCUUUAGUCGUUAAAGUAAAACAGGAGAUAAGUCCUUCCAUACCCGGAUCCAAUACCAACUCCUCCCAACAAAACCCGGUUUUCACAUCCGGACCCGGACCCUAUUCUAGAAUACUUCCAGCUGGAUUAGAUGCUUCUUCAUUUGGGGUAAAAACAGGUCCAUUCUGGAGAGAAAAUGAGCGUCAGAAUAUUGGGUUUUUACUAGGAGAAGCACAAGGAAAUAAUAUUGGAGGAGCGUCUCAAGAUCUUUAUCAAAGGUUAAAAUCAUCAGUAACAAGUUAUAACAGCAUUAAUAAUCCAGGAGGUCUACAUGAAGGGAUAGUUCUAAGAAGUGUUAACGUUGUUAGUUCGGGUUCAUCAUCGAAUAUUCUGGAAUCGGCUCCGGUUGCAGCUGUAGCUGAUCAGUUGAGCUCUUGCUGGAAUCCGAUUCUCUCCUGGUCCGAUUUGCCUACAACAACUCAUCAUGGUGCAUAUCCUUCUAUCAAUUAGUUUUAAUAAGUACUACUAUAGGCCUUUUUGGAACUUUGGGAGUCUUAUUAUUAUUAUUAUUUUUUCGUUCGUACUUAAUUAAUGAUGUUGGAGAUUUUGGCUGAGGUUGUUAAUUAGUACGUAGUCGUAUUUGAUGUAUUAUAAAUGGAGGUUGCAGUGGGGGGGGGGG